ACCCUAUAACAAAUAUAACAAGUACAUCUAAGAUUAUUUCGGGAAUAUUUUCGUACAAUAUUGUUAGGUAUAUUCUUCAAACAUGUACGGUUGGCUGUUGGAAAGCGUACAACAUUUCAUUGUGGAGGAAUGCGGGGAAGAAAUAUGGGAAACUAUUCUAAGGGAGGCAGGUGCCAGAAACACAGUCUUCAGUGCGACACAGCAAUACCCAGACGCCCUGAUGCUCCGACUAGCCAGCGCUUUAGCUCGUCUCCUCUCAAAAGACCCCAACAGCCCUGUACCGUCCCGGCCAGCGAGUCCAGUACCAAAGAAACCAUCUUUCAAAUCCAAGCCCAGCUGGAGAAGCGCGUCAGUCCACGCAGACAAUAGACCUCAGACCUUCAAAUGUCCUUUCACAGCCACAAACGUACUGACAGCUGUCACUAAGAAAGAAAUUAACGCUUACACGUCUACUGAAGAGAUUCGACCAAUGACAAUGUCAACUGACCGCAUAAAUAUGGAAAAGGGAAUAGAAGUAGUCAGAAAGGAGUUGCAGAGGCGCAGUUUGGGGAUCAAAUUAGAAGCGGUGCAUGCAGAGAAGAGUAAGGAAACCCCUGAAGAAUCUAUUCCAGAAUGUGAGCAAGCGGAGAGUCAGAACGCCGUCUCGGAACCCACAUCCCCUGAGCACGAGAAUAUGAAAAACUCCAUGUCCAAGCCAACAAGGAAGACUAGUUGUACCGUAGCAUUGGAUGUAUACCGGCGGCGAGGGUCAGGAGCUCCAGGAAGGCAAAGACUGAACAGCAUCAGCCUCAUUUCGUGCGAGAAACUAAACGCCAUGAAAGAGAAAUUCGCCACACCGGAAAAGGUGAUGCACUUCUUCGGCAGGUGCUUUGUGAAAUUCUUCAGCAAUUACGGCUACGACACUAUGAUACGUGCGACCGGUCGAUACUUCUGCACAUUCCUGCAGUCCGUGGACAACAUCCAUCAGCGUAUGCGGUACACUUUUCCGAGGAUGCGGUCUCCGAGCAUGCAGCUCACGAGGGCUCACAGGCACGGAGCUGAACUCGUAUACAGCAGUGGAAGGACCGGCUUUACGCAUUACCUGAUGGGCCAGCUCUACGAGAUAGCCGAGGACAUCUUCUCAUUGAAGUUGAAAGUUUCCAUCAUGAAAGAGAGCAUGGAGGGAACAUACUAUAAUGCGGUUCUGAGAUUGGAGUUCGACAAUAGUGAUUACGUACAAUCGUUGAUGUUCCGCAAGAACAUAGCUUGUCCUCUACCAUCGGUGCCGGCUUCGCUACUGCUGCAAUUGUUUCCGUUUGGAGUACUGCUUGACCGAAGAAUGAAAAUCUUAAUGGCCGGCGAAAAAUUGGUAGCGGCUUGGGGCGGACCGUAUAAUCGUAUUGAAAAAUCGUCAAUCGUCGAAGUUCUACGCCUGAGGAAACCAAAAGUUUCGUUUACUUGGGAUAAGGUGGUCUGUAUGCAGACAAUGAUCUUUGAACUGGAGUUGGUGCGUUGGCGUGCGAAGUCCACGAGUGAGGCGAGACGAGGGUCUCAGGGUGCCCGUUCCAUAUUAUUAAGGGGACCCAUUUAUCUACUCGAAGAAAUUGACGCCCUCAUCUUCUUAUGCAGUCCCAUCUUCAAUGAUCUAGAGGAAAUCCGGCAAGCAGGCCUGUACGUCGCCGAUAUGAACGGACACGGACUCUCUAAGGAGAUGCUCCUAAACGGUUGGCAGCAUCUCUCCAGACUAGAGCUACUGUUCGAGAAAGCGGAGACCCGAUGUUCGUCUUUGGAGAAAUCCUGUAGGCUACUGGACCAAUGGAAGAAGAGAGGCGAUCAGUUGUUAUACUCCAUGAUACCGAAGGGAAUAGCUGAUCAUUUGAGAGCAGGACGAGAUCCGAUGGCUGCUUGUCAAGCGUUCGAAUCUGUGACGAUAAUAUUCUGCGGAGUCCAGGUAGCAGAGGCGGGGACUCGUGCCGACGUCAUGCAGACCGUCGCUUAUAUUAACGAUGUGUAUUCGAGGAUCGACCGGCUCCUGGAUACUCAUCGAGUUUAUAAGGUGGAGACAGUAGGAACAGUGUACAUGCUGGUGUCCGGAGCGCCCGAGCGGCGCCGGGCUCAUGCCGCUUCUGCCGCCAGUGCCGCGCUCGCAGUCUGCCGCGCCCUGCCCGCGCUCACUAUAGGAAUACAUUCCGGUCCGUGCGUCGCGGGAGUUUUGGGGUUGAGGCUUCCUCGUUACUGUCUUGUGGGAGACACCGUGAACACAGCGAGUAGAAUGCAAACUUCUUCUGAGCCGGGGCGGAUCCAGAUCUCCGCUACCACAGCGGCACAACUGCCCGCGGGAAGGUUCAGGCUUCGUCCUCGAGGUGUUAUCAAAGUUAAGGGUAAGGGCAUGAUGGAAACGUUCUGGUUGGAAGGAGAGAUCGAAGAAGAGGAACAAGACGAGGCUUUGCAGCUGUUCUCGGCCUUAUGCGGAGACGAUUAAUGGUUAAAUUCCAAUGGCACGUUUCGAGCUUCGAAGGAUUCUCCUCCGGCCGAUCUGCGCUAGUACUAGUACUUUCUAAGCUUACGAUUCGAACUACAUUCUUAACUAUACAUAUAAAUAAAAAUGGAGCGUCUAUUUGUAAUAUUGAA